UAUAAGGGAUGCCCGGUCCUCAGAGCAGCUGUUUUCGUGGUGCUGGUCAGACCCGUAGCGCGUCUGCUGAAGCCAGAGCACCGACAACCUCUCAGACUCCUCGUAGCCUGUCGGAGACAUGCGUGAGUGCAUCUCAAUUCACGUUGGCCAAGCUGGUGUGCAAAUCGGCAAUGGAUGCUGGGAACUCUACUGCUUGGAGCAUGGGAUCCAGCCUAAUGGCACCAUGCCAAGUGACAAAACAAUUGGUGGUGGAGAUGACUCAUUCAACACCUUCUUCAGUGAAACUGGUGCAGGAAAACAUGUCCCUCGUGCUGUGUUUGUGGAUUUGGAGCCAGCUGUGAUAGACGAAGUGCGGACUGGGACAUAUAAACAGCUCUUUCACCCUGAACAGCUGAUUUCUGGCAAGGAAGAUGCUGCUAAUAAUUAUGCAAGAGGUCACUACACUGUAGGCAAAGAAAUAAUUGAUCUCGUACUGGAGCGCGUCAGGAAACUGGCUGACCAGUGUACUGGCUUGCAAGGAUUCCUGAUCUUCCACAGCUUUGGAGGUGGCACUGGGUCAGGAUUCACUUCUCUGCUGAUGGAGCGCCUAUCAGUCGACUAUGGAAAGAAAUCAAAAUUAGAAUUUGCCAUAUACCCAGCUCCCCAAGUUUCAACUGCUGUUGUUGAGCCAUAUAACUCCAUCCUGACAACCCACACCACCCUUGAACAUUCUGACUGUGCCUUCAUGGUUGAUAAUGAAGCCAUCUAUGACAUUUGUCGUAGGAAUCUGGACAUCGAACGCCCUACCUACACUAACCUCAACCGCCUCAUUGGUCAGAUUGUUUCUUCAAUCACCGCCUCUCUCAGAUUUGAUGGUGCCUUAAAUGUGGAUCUGACAGAGUUCCAGACAAACCUGGUGCCUUACCCCAGAAUCCACUUCCCUCUGGUAACCUAUUCCCCCAUUAUCUCAGCAGAGAAGGCCUACCAUGAGCAGCUCUCUGUCUCUGAGAUCACCAAUGCCUGCUUUGAGCCAUCCAACCAGAUGGUGAAAUGUGAUCCCCGCCAUGGCAAGUACAUGGCUUGUUGUAUGCUGUAUCGUGGAGAUGUUGUCCCCAAGGAUGUCAAUGUUGCUAUUGCCGCUAUCAAAACGAAGCGUACCAUUCAAUUUGUUGACUGGUGUCCUACUGGUUUUAAGGUGGGUAUUAAUUACCAGCCUCCGACGGUUGUUCCUGGUGGUGACUUGGCCAAAGUCCAGCGUGCGGUCUGUAUGCUCAGCAACACCACAGCCAUUGCGGAGGCCUGGGCCCGCCUGGACCACAAAUUCGACUUGAUGUAUGCCAAGCGUGCUUUUGUCCAUUGGUAUGUCGGAGAAGGAAUGGAGGAAGGGGAGUUUUCGGAGGCCCGAGAAGAUCUGGCUGCACUUGAGAAGGAUUAUGAAGAAGUGGGCACAGACUCCUUGGAUGGUGACGAUGAAGGCGAGGAGUAUUAGACUUGCCCGCGUGUCUGCUGUAUGGCUGUUACCAUUUGCUACUUUGUAAUAAAGUAAAUGGGGAGCAAAUCUCAAAUGUAAACAGUACACCUGGCAUUCCAUGCCAGAGUGCUAGGAACAAACAUUUUUAUAACUGAGGUAUAUCUUGCCAGUUGAUGAUGAUGCAAGCAUUAAAAG